CCUUUGACACAAAAACUGGGUUGCGUGUGGCUGUAAAGAAGCUGUCCCGACCAUUUCAGUCUAUCAUCCAUGCCAAAAGGACCUACCGAGAGCUACGACUGCUUAAGCACAUGAAACAUGAAAAUGUGAUUGGUUUGUUGGAUGUGUUCACCCCUGCGAAGUCACUAGAAGAAUUCAAUGAUGUGUACUUGGUGACACACCUUAUGGGAGCAGAUCUGAACAACAUUGUGAAAUGCCAGAAACUCACCGAUGACCAUGUGCAGUUCCUCAUAUACCAGAUUCUUCGGGGACUGAAGUACAUCCAUUCAGCUGACAUAAUACACAGGGAUUUAAAGCCUAGUAACUUAGCUGUAAAUGAAGACUGUGAGCUCAAGAUCCUGGAUUUUGGCUUGGCCCGACACACAGAUGAUGAGAUGACCGGGUAUGUGGCUACCCGGUGGUACAGGGCUCCUGAGAUCAUGCUGAACUGGAUGCAUUACAACCAGACAGUUGAUAUUUGGUCAGUGGGAUGCAUUAUGGCUGAACUGUUGACUGGAAGAACGUUGUUCCCUGGUACAGACCAUAUUGAUCAGUUGAAGCUCAUUUUGAGACUCGUUGGAACCCCAGGGCCUGAGCUUUUGAAGAAAAUCUCCUCAGAGUCUGUGAGUUUACACUUUGAUU